AUCAGCAUUUUCAUGACACAUCUGUCUAACUAUGGGAAUGACCGUCUAGGCUUAUACACCUUUGUGAACUUGGCCAACUUUGUGCACAGCUGGACCAACUUGAAACUGCAGACUCUGCCUCCAGUUCAACUGGCCCACAAGUACUUCGAACUCUUCCCGGAGCAGAAAGACCCGCUCUGGCAGAAUCCAUGUGAUGAUAAACGACACAAAGACAUCUGGUCCAGGGAGAAAACGUGUGAUCAUUUACCAAAAUUCCUUGUAAUUGGGCCUCAGAAAACAGGAACAACUGCACUUUAUUUAUUUCUUCUUAUGCACCCUUCCAUCAUCAGCAAUCUCCCUAGCCCAAAAACCUUUGAAGAAGUUCAAUUUUUUAAUGGCAACAACUAUCACAAGGGAAUUGAGUGGUAUAUGGACUUUUUUCCUACUCCUUCCAACAUUACCAGUGAUUUCCUAUUUGAAAAGAGUGCUAACUACUUCCACUCAGAAGAGGCUCCCAAGAGAGCUGCAUCUCUUGUUCCCAAAGCCAAGAUCAUUACUAUCCUCAUUGACCCCUCGGACAGGGCAUAUUCUUGGUACCAGCACCAACGAUCCCAUGAAGAUCCAGCUGCCCUGAGGUUCAAUUUCUACGAAGUCAUCACAACAGGACAUUGGGCCCCACCUGAUUUAAAAACCUUGCAGAGGAGAUGUCUGGUACCUGGGUGGUAUGCAGUACACAUAGAAAGAUGGCUGACCUACUUUGCUACUUCCCAGUUGCUAAUUAUUGAUGGACAACAGCUGAGAUCUGACCCAGCUACUGUGAUGGAUGAAGUCCAGAAGUUUCUAGGAGUUACACCUCAUUAUAAUUACUCUGAAGCACUAACGUUUGAUCCCCAAAAGGGCUUUUGGUGUCAGCUACUUGAAGGAGGAAAGACCAAAUGCCUUGGGAAGAGCAAAGGCCGAAAAUACCCACCCAUGGAUCCAGAGUCCAGAACCUUCCUCUCCAAUUACUACCGGGACCACAACGUGGAGCUCUCGAAGCUGCUGCACAGGCUGGGUCAGCCUCUGCCCUCCUGGCUGAGACAGGAGCUGCAGAAAGUGAGAUAG